AUGAGUUCUGCUUCAUCAACUCGGCUUCCCCUCCUGCACAUCCUCCUGAAGGUGCUGUCCUGGGACCCCCGCAUCUUCCUGUACCAGCGGCUGCUCACAGAGGAGGAGUGUGACCACAUGAUGACCAAGGCGGGGCCGCGGCUGACGCGCAGCGGCGUGGUGGAUGUUGACAACCCGGGCGGCGAGUCUGUGAGCGACAUCCGCACCAGCUAUGGCAUGUUUUUCGACCGAGGCGAGGACGAGGUGGUGCGGGAGGUGGAGCGGCGGCUCAGCGAGUGGAGCCUCAUCCCGCCGGGCCACGGCGAGGGCAUCCAGGUGCUGCGCUACGAGAAUGGGGAGGAGUAUAAACCACACUUCGACUAUUUCUUUGACAACCUCAGCGUGCAGAACGGCGGCAACCGGCUGGCCACCAUCCUCAUGUACCUGGCUGAGCCCGAGUUUGGAGGGGAGACGGUGUUCCCCAACGUCAAGGCGCCCCCCGAGCAGACGCUGGAGGCUGGGUACAGCGAGUGCGCGACGCAGGGGCUGGCGGUGAAGCCGCGCAAGGGAGACGCCGUGCUCUUCUUCAGCCUGCGCACAGAGGGCACCCUGGAUAAGGGCAGCCUGCACGGCAGCUGCCCCACCCUCAAGGGCUUCAAGUUCGCCGCCACCAAGUGGUAUCACGUGGCUCACUACGCCAUGGGCGGCGAGCGAGCGCCUGUCCUGCCCGCCUCUGCAGGCUGCAAAGAUGAAAAAGACGCAUGCGUAGGCUGGGCGGAAGGAGGGGAGUGCGAGAGCAACCCGGGCUUCAUGGUCGGCACCAAGGAGCAGCCCGGCGCCUGCCUGCUCGCCUGCGGGCGCUGCGACCUGAUGCCGCAGUCGCUGCUGCGAGGCAGGCGGGCGGGUGGCACGGCUGCGCGGUAA